AUGUCCGACUUAUCUCUACCCUCGCAAUCAAAAGGUGUGGCAAUCAUCACCGGUGCCGCGCAAGGUCUUGGCCGUGCCAUCGCUCUUCGUCUAGCUUCCGACGGCUUUGAUGUCGCCCUAAACGAUAUCCCCGCCAAAGCUCCUGCGCUUGAGGAGCUGGUAAACGAGAUCAAGGCUGGGGCUGGGACGAAUUCGGAGCGGAGAGCUAUCUUUGUACCAGGAAGCGUGGCGAAGGAAGACGAUGUAAUGGAGCUAGUAGCGAGGACGGCGCGAGAGCUCGGAGGCCUCGAUGUGGGAUCUGUCACGCUGAUUGACUUGUUUGAUCAUUUGAUUGUGCAGAUGGUAGCCAAUGCAGGGUUCGCUCUUAAUGGUCUCAUUUCUGAUACUUCGGUCGAGGAUUGGGACGCUUUAUACGCUGUCAACGUUCGCGGCACGUUCCUUUGCUACAAACAUGCAGCGGAUGCCAUGAUCAAGCAAGGUCGGGGCGGUCGAAUAGUUGGUGAGGAACAUCUUCGAUUGCAUCGCUAUGAAUACAAAGGCUUCCCAGACUCACCGGCCUACUCCAGUUCCAAGUUCGCGGUCAGGGGGCUAACGCAGAGUGCAGCCCAGGAGUACGGAAAAUACGGUAUAACGGUGAAUGCCUACGCCCCCGGCUCCAUCGUCACAGAACUCCUCGGCAAAUUUGAUGCGUACAACGUUAAGAAACAAGGGUUGGAACCUGGUCAAUGGACCGAAUCUCUGAAGAACCGUGCCGCACUCGGAAAGCUCCUAACACCCACUGAUAUCGCGAACUUGGUGUCGUUCAUAGUAUCGAAGGAUGCUAGUUUCAUCACUGGCCAAAGUAUCAUCGCUGACGGGGGUGGUUUAUUUGAUUAA